CAGGAUUUUGACCAUAGAACAUGUUGUCACACAAAGUAGCUAUUUAAGUUUCGAGAUAGCGCCUUUUCUGUUGGAGGUAUGAGCAGUGUGACAGCUUACCCGUUCUCCUAUACGUAAUUACUUUUGGAAGUUCUUCCAAAGAUUCUCUGGUUGGAGCAGCCACGUUUCUAGGCUAAAAUAUUUAAGAGCCUAAACCAUUAAUGACGAUGUUUUUAAUAGUAGCCAAUUUAUGUUUUGUGAUUGUUGGCUUAAUUUCGAGUUUCGUAGGGAAACAAAUGCAACGACCCUAUAGGGUAAUAGCCUGGAGUCAUGCAAUUAAACACACGUUUGGUGUAGCCUAUGCGAAGCUGCAAUAUGUAAUUAAAUGUCGCAGUCAUCCAUAAUAACAGUAUUUUGUGGGAUUCUAGGUAUGGAGCUUUGUAACUGUUCGCAGUGUUGUUUGAUUUUGAUUUUUUUUUUUUUUUUUUUUUAAUGAGCAGCUAUUCGUAAUUGAUUAUCACGGGCAACAUGGUAAUGAAAUAAAAGUUUAAAAAAUGAAAUCGAUGUUUUACACGAUCUGUCUUUGAAAUACGACACCAUGUAACCGAUGGCAGUAGCGUGACGUCAACACGUCUAGAAUCUAAAACUCUUUCCCUCUGCCUCGACAUGAAUAGUAGCCUGUAAUCCACUGAGUGGACCAGGACGUUGCCUACUCAUCGCCUGCAGUUUUGGCUAUACUAGUUUCUUUUGUUAUUUAAGGUUUAAAAAACAGUGAUGGCAUUUCUCAUGAUCACCACCACUGCCCUGUAUCCAGGCAAUGGAAUGGAGACGCCUUCCAGCAGCAACCACACAUUGGCCACCAACGGAACAGAAGACGAGUACGAUGAGUACUACGAUGACGACGAGCACGCAGAGCUCCGGAAGUCUCUCAACAUCAUGUCCCUCAUUGUUUACUGCUUGGCCUUUGUGCUGGGAGUGCUGGGGAAUGGGGUGGUGAUCUGGGUGGCGGGAUUCAAGAUGAAAAGGACAGUGAACACUGUGUGGUUCCUCAACCUGGCUGUGGCUGACUUCCUUUUCACCGCAUUCCUUCCACUGAGUGUGGCGUACACUGCCAUGGGGUUCCACUGGCCCUUUGGCAAGUUCAUGUGCAAGCUCAACAGCACCCUGAGCUUCCUUAACAUGUUUGCCAGCGUCUACAUCCUGGUGGCGAUCAGCAUGGACCGUUUCGUGUCUGUGGUGUAUCCCGUCUGGGCCCAGAAUCACCGCAGCCCACGCAAGGCAUCAGUGGUGAGCCUGGGCAUCUGGCUGCUCGCCCUUGCCUUGAGCACCCCCUAUUUUGUCUUCCGAGACACUGCGCCUGCCUACGAUGAUGAAAAGGUGAUCAACUGCUUUAAUAAUUUCGCCCUUUCGGAGGACUACGUUACGCCGGCGGUGGUGGAACUGAGGAUUAACCGGCACCGGGCGAUGAUCAUCACACGCUUCCUCCUGGGCUUCGUGGUCCCUUUCACCAUCAUUGUCUCCUGCUAUGCAGUCAUCAUCCAUCGUCUCAAGAGGAACCGCUCCCUGUCUAGCCGCUCUGGGCGCCCCUUCAAGAUAAUUGCAGCCGUCAUCACUGCCUUCUUCCUGUGCUGGGCCCCUUACCACAUUCUGGUUCUGAUUGAAAUGGUCAACCACAUGGCUACUGAGUAUAGCACCACCCUUGACCACAUCACCACUAUUGGAAUUCCCAUCGCCACCAGCUUGGCCUUCCUCAACAGCUGUCUUAACCCACUGCUUUAUGUGUUCAUGGGCCAGGACUUCAAGGACAAGGUGCGCAAGUCCAUUCUCUCUGUGCUGGAGACUGCCUUCACGGAGGAGGUGUCUCGGUCCAAUUCACAUUCAAAUUCGGCCAUCAACAGUCGCACCAAAGAAAAGUCAUUCUCUGAUGCGGAGGUAUGAGCACUGGCGCCUGGCAACACUUUGCUUGCUGGACUGGAGAUACUUAUGUCAUAAUCACAGGAGUUACAAUGUUCCUAUACGCUCCAAUCAGCAUACCUUUAACUGAAGCACAUCAAUAGUUGCCUUUAAAAGGAUAAAAAUUUAAAAAAGGAGCUCCAUGUGGCCAGGGAAUGGUACAUUAUAACAGUACAGCUUUUACCAAACAAGAACGGCUUGAAAUUGAAAGAUAAGGUAUGCAUACCCAUACAAACAGAGAUUACCGUAUGUUCAGAUACAACAUAAAGCUCUCAACCCUAUUACAAUUGGUGCACUUGAUAACGAUCUGCAAAAAAGGGCUGUAUUAAAUAAUCAACACAGGUAUUGAGCUAUAUUGUGUGCUUUAAGAAAUUGGGUAAUAUAUGGUUUCAUACUAGUACGACUGCUCAAAGACAAUUUCUCCAAUGAGGAACUUUCAUUGGAACCACACCCUAUGGUCAGAUGAGAUCAAGAUGUAGCUUUUCGGCCAGGUGUACCUGUAGUGAAUUUGGAAUCCUAAGAAGGAGACUUAUGCUGAAAAGGAUGCCAUACCUAUGGUGAAAUAUGGGGUUAGAUCUUUGAAAUUAUGAGGUGGUUUUGCAUCCUAGGACUCUUGUUAAGGUCAGUAGAAUCAUAGUAACUCCAGCAUAUCCCAAGAUAUUUUGGCCAAAAACCUGGUUCCCUCUACCAGGAACCUGUGUGAACUUGGCCACAAAAGGAUCUUUCCACUAGACACAGAUUCAAAGCAUACUUCAAAGUCAACCAAGAAAUGGUCAACUAACCAUAAAAUAAUUCUUUAGGUCAUCUCAAUCUCAGACCUGAACCUUAUUGAAAAUGUAUGGUUUGAAUAGAAGUGUGAAGUCCAUAGGCACAGGGCAAAGGUUCUGAAGGGUCAUUAAUGAUUCUUUAUGGAGGAAUAGUCAAAUGUCCCCUAAAAUUAUUCAGUUGUUUUAGCACUGCAAAGGGAGGGUGCACAAAGUAGGCUAAUAAAGUUAGUAAUUUGGGGAAAAUAAAAUGAUUACUUAUUUAACAAAACAUUUUCCCUGAACAAUUGUGUUAGUAUGAAAGAAUAUGAUUUUCACAUUUAUAGCGUAUACAGCUAUUUUGGAGGGUGGCAAUCAAUUUGGAGAGCAAUGUAUGUUGUAUAUAUAUAUUUUACACUCCAAAUACAUCUUUUGCUGUAAAUCGUCAUGUAUAAGCUUGUUCAUUUUAGUUGAUAUAGUUUGACCUGCUCAAUUUUAAUGCUAUAUGUUGCUGCUGCAGAAUUGUUAUUUGUUCCCAUGUUUGUUGUCUUUAACAUUGAUGAAGGAAGCUUUUUAAUUAUUCAUUUUAAAUGUGAUAUGUCAUUAAAAAUAAAUAAAUAAAUAAACAGUUAAUAGAA